ACUAUCCUUUCAUGAACUAAUUUGUUUAAAAUAUUCCUAAUUACAUUUAGUAAUCUUGAGUUAUUUUGACAGAGUUAAACUGAAAAUAUAAUCAUUCGAAUAUUUGCACGGUUCAGCAAACCUCGUUUUGAAAUUUGUUUACAAAUGGCGGAAAACAGGAGUAAUGUUGCUGAGGACGGCGACAAGACGGGAGAAAAUUCCAAUAAUGAGACACGAAACAGUUUAGAAGAUUUCGUGACUGGUCACUACCAGAGACAAAAGGAAGAAGGCAGAAUGGAUUCCUCGGAGGAACUGAGUGAAGAGAGAACACAAGAUUUCUUUGCUAGAGCUUUAACAGAGAGUAGAAGAAUGAAUGCAGAAGUAAGCAAAUCCAACAAGAAACUUGACGCACUACAUGCCGAGUUCGGUAUGGAUAUGAUAAAUUCCUGGCAGGAAGAACACGCCUCAGAGGUUCUUCAGCCGCAUGAACAACAGUUGGUAAAACUUGCCCAGUAUCAGAAUCCAGAUGCUGCAAGAUGAACUAAUAUGAGUAUUUAUUAAGUGUAAGAUUUUAACAUUCUGGUGGCAUUAAGGAAGGUGCUUGUUUCAUUGAUUUUAUGGCACUGUCGGAAAAUGCCAUCAGCUGUUUAAGUUAUAAAAUUGGCAGAAGUGCAGCUGUCUGGUUGUUGCUGUAUGCUCUGAUGCAUUAUACAAAUUUACAAAAUUAAUGUAAUGGUAGACAGAAGUUUUGUGGGUGCCAUCUGUUUGAAAAUUCAGUGUAUAUUUUAUUAUAGCAACAUUUACAGAUACACCAGACCAUGCUUUGUACCAAGUUCCAUUCUGCCAGACAUUGGUGGAGGUCAGAACUUGUGCUGUUUAUUUUGCAAAUGAAAAUACUUCUGUAUUUGUCAACAGUUAUUUGUCGUUACUUUUCAGUACUGGUACUUAUUGAAGAAGUCUUUCUUUGUUGGUGUCAAUAACUGUUAAUGAAGAAUUCAAGAAUAACAGAUUUUGCUGUAGUAUUUUUCAUUGUAGUAUAUACAUAUGGACAUAAUUUUGCUAGUCCACAACCUGCAUGAAAAAAAUCUUAAAUUAAAUUCUCGUACAAGAUACCAAAGAUUAUCAAACAUACGUCUGUUACAAAUUUAUCAUAAUGAAAUUAGUUUUAAAUAUGUGACACAGACAUAGGUUUUACAGUUUGCAUAUCAUGAAGAAGCUGCUUAGUUGUUAAUUAAGAUUAAAUUUGUAGUAAAGCAGAGUUUGUUUUAUAGCUUGACUACUGGAAGAAUAAGCAGAGUGCAAAAGCUAUUGCACUCACCUAUUCAUCCACAUCCCAGUUAGACUAAGUCUUUGUAUUGUAAGCUGGUAUCUCAGUAACCGCACUAAGUCUUGAUGACUGUGAUGAACUGAUAUGCAGUCCAUAGGUUCCAUAUGCUUUUUUACAAAGUUAUGCUCCUUUUUCCAUUUUUGGUAUAAUCCUUCAUUUACUGGCUAGACUAGGAUGUUGAACAGUCUAGCAUGGCUGUCAUUAACAGGUCUUAUCUUUAAGACUUCAUAAUAAUUUUACAAUUCCAGUAAAUGAUAUAAAGUAAAUUUUCUGUGAUUUAUUUUCAUUCAGCAUUUAAAGAUUUAUUUGAUAUUUUAUUGUUGGAAUAAAUUUGAUGCAUGUGUU